GACCUGAGGCGAAGUCCAUUUGCCCAAAGGAAAAAAUGCCCAAUUUUUAAGGAAAAAGGGGGGAAAAAUGAGAAGGAGAAAAGUCUUCCCCAAAUCGUUCAUCUACCAAACUGAGUCCAAUUAGCGAACUCGGGUUCGUUCCUUUCAAGCCCAAUCUCCGAUCCUCUUUCUUCCUCUCUCCAUUCGCUGCGAAAUUUUCAGGCCAGGCCAUCGUGGAUCUUCUCUUACUCUUCUUGGAUCGAAACCACGAGUUACGAUUCAUCCGUCUGGACUUCGAUUAUCUCGAUUGGAAACUGGAAUCUCGCGAAUUUGAAGAUGCCUUUGAGGGUCUCGUAGAUUUAGAAUCAGAAACCUUGUUUAAAGCGCCUCUAUCAAAGCGAAAACCUAUAUAUCUUUAAAAUUGACCCGCCGGUUGGGCUUUCGGGGUUUUGCACAAAUCUGAUACAAAAAAAAUGCGGAUGGAGACAGAUCUUAUUCGGUUCCCUUUUCUUCCUGGGUUUGGAAAAAUGGGAAUUAUCUUCCCAGACGAAAUGGCAACGCCUGAUGGAACAAACAUGGAAAGUUCGGGGAAAGAUAUCAUGGUGAUUCAUCAUGAUGAAGACCAUGAUUUGACUACUCCAAAUGGGGAAAACAUGGUAGCUCGUGAGGAUGAAUUAAUGGAAACUCCUGAUACAGGAAAGCUGGGAUCACCAGAUGGACAUAAUGAACUAGCUUUGGUGGAAGUACAGCCUAAUAAGAGGAGGAAAAAGAAAUCUAUUGUCUGGGAACAUUUUACUAUAGAGUCUGUAAGCGCUGAUUGCCGACGGGCGUAUUGUAAGCAAUGCAAACAAAGUUUUGCAUAUAGUACAGGAUCAAAAGUUGCUGGUACCAGCCAUUUGAAGCGUCACAUUGCUAAAGGAACUUGCUCUGCGCUCUUGCGUGGUCAGGACAAGAAUCAGAUGAUUUCUACAUAUACACCACCUUCAAGAGGGACAGUCAGUGAGACACCAAAAAGACGGUAUAAAACUUCUAGUUCACCUUAUGUUGUGUUUGAUCAGGAUCGUUGCCGUCAAGACAUUGCCCGAAUGGUUAUCAUGCACGACUAUCCACUUCACAUGGUUGAGCAUCCUGGAUUUGUAUCAUUUGUCAAGAACCUUCAGCCUCGAUUCAACAUGGUGAGCUUCAAUACUGUUCAAGGGGAUUGUGUUGGAACUUAUUUAAUGGAGAAGCAAAAUCUUAACAAGUUUAUAGAAGCCAUUCCAGGUCGUAUUUGCCUUACCCUUGACAUGUGGAGUUCUAGUCGAUCAGUAGGUUAUGUUUUUAUUAUGGGUAGUUUUAUUGAUAGUGAAUGGAGGUUGCAUAGACGUGUUUUGAAUGUUGUAAUGGAACCAUAUCCAGAAUCAACUAAUGCACUUAGUCAUGCUGUUGCCGUGUGUCUCUCUGAUUGGAGAUUAGAAGGGAAGUUAUUCUCUCUUACGUUUAAUCAAAGACAGAAUGAAGCUGCCCUUGACAAUCUCAGGCCCUUAAUUGCCAUCAAAAACCCCCUUAUUCUAAAUGGUCAGUUUUUAGUUGGAAGUUGUAUUGCCUGGACUUUGAGCGACAUUGCAAAAGAUGUAUUAGAAUCAGGAGAAAAUACGAUAACGAAAAUUCGUGACAGUGUGAAAUAUGUGACAACUUCUGAUUCUCAUGAGGAAAAGUUUUUGGAGCUUAAGCAACAACUUCAAGUUCCUAGUGAGAGAAAUCUCUUUCUUGAUGAUCAAACACAAUGGAAUACGACUUAUCAUAUGUUGGUGGCUGCCUCCGAGAUGAAAGAAGUAUUUUCCUGUUUGGAUACUUCUGAUCCUGAUUACAGGGAAGCUCCGUCACUGGAAGAUUGGAAGUUGGUUGAGAUUCUCUGCACAUACCUGAAACUUCUUUUUGAUGCAGCAAAUAUCCUUACCACCACGACUCACCCAUCUGCCAUUACUGUCUUUCAUGAAGUAUGGAGAAUUCAUUCAGAAUUAGCUCGAGCAAUUACAAAUGAGGAUCCCUUCAUAAGCAGCCUUAGUAAAAUGAUGCUAGAGAAGUUCGAUAAAUAUUGGAAAGAUUGCAGCAUAGUCUUGGCAGCUGCUGUCGUAAUGGAUCCUCGGUUCAAGAUGAAGCUUGUUGAGUUUAGUUUCACCAAAGUUUAUGGUGAAGAAGCUCCUGCAUACAUCAAGGUUGUUGACGAUGGAAUUCAUGAGCUAUUUGAUGAAUAUGUGGCCCUGCCUCUACCAUUAACCCCAACUUAUGCUGAAGAUGGAAGUGUUGAUGGUAACAUGAAGGGAGAAGAUUCUCAGGGAAAUCUUCUGUCAGACAACGGAUUUACAGAUUUUGAUGUCUACAUUAUGGAGACCACCAGCCAACAGAUGAAGUCAGAGCUUGACCGAUAUUUGGAGGAUUCUUUGUUACCCCGUGUCCAAGACUUCGAUCUAUUGGGAUGGUGGAAAUUGAACAAGUUCAAGUACCCUACUCUUUCAAAGAUGGCUCGUGAUAUCUUGUCUAUUCCAGUUUCUACCCUUCCUCCGGACUCCGUCUUUAUUACCAGGAGGAAGAAAAUGGAUCAGUAUCGCAGCUCGCUGCGUCCUGAGACCGUAGAAGCAAUGAUAUGUUCCAAGGACUGGAUGCAAUGUGGAUUAAGUGAAGUCUCUAACGCCCUGGUAAGGAUGGAAUAUUAGAAUCUUUUUAGUUUGGCCUUUGUUCAUAAGUUGGUAUGUGACUUCUCCCUUUAGGUUUUCUACUUUACCAUUAGGUUAACAUUUGUUGUACCAUUUAAGACGAUUAUAAUUCAUCCUUAAAAUUAGAUUCUAGAAUAGAUUUAACUCUGUGAACAUAUGUAUUACAUUUUAGGGAGCAGUUGGUUGGGUACACCUUGUUCAAGCAAUUGCAGUAAUUGAUUGAGCUAUUUUAUCUCUAUAUAUAUCACAUGCUUUGGAACAUAUUUCAGUUGUCGUUUCAUGGAAUUGAUCUUUCAAGUUACAGGACA